UCCCAGAAGCAAAGCCAUAUAUCAAUAACUCAGAAGAGAAGCGAAAACAAACUUUGUUUUCAUUUCCAUCCAAAUCCAUUCUAAGAAUGUCAAACGGUGAGGUCGGCGUUAAGGUGAAGGGCCGUUUGGCCAUACUCGCGGCUCAUCUAGCAGCACCGCCAUCCUCCGACGUCUCUUCUCCGAAGAUCAUUGAGCCAUGGUGCGUCGCCGGUCAGACGGCCGCCUCCCUUGGCGGUUCCUUGACCAUCAUCGACGAACGCACUGGGAAGAAGUACCAGGUCCCCGUCUCCGCAGAAGGUACCGUUAAAGCGGUUGAUUUGAAGAAGAUAACGACCGGGAAGGAUGACAAGGUUGUCAAGGUGUAUGACCCGGGUUAUUUGAACACAGCUCCUGUACGCUCAUCAAUUUCCUAUAUUGACGGGGAUCAGGUGAUCCUUCGAUACUGAGGCUACCCAAUUGAGGAGUUGGCCGAGAGCAGUACCUUCUUAGAAGUGGCCUACCUCCUCAUGCAACGGGAUUUCUACUGGAGUAUUUCACUGUUUUAUUUACAAUUCCUCGAAUGGUUGGGUACCUAGCACACUGGAGAGAGUCUCUGGAUGAUCCUGACACAAAGAUAAUGAGACCACAACAGAGUCACAUCAAGAAACUAACGGCACUUUCAUAACUCAUCCGCUAUAUUAACGAAGAUAAACGGUAGCCGUUAUAUAUAAGGGGCUAAUUUACGAUCGGGCAAUUUAGGAGAUAUCUUCUCAAAAGGGUACUACAAGAGAAUACGGGAGAAGUUUAAGGGGCUUAACAAUGGGUUCUGCUUAUAUGUACCUCUUUAGAUCGACUUAUUCUCCGACGCUUAGCACACUACUAGAAAAAUGAGGUAUGCGGACCGAUCAUAUACGGACCGACACGUGUCGGUACGAAAAAAUAAAUAUUUGAACCAAUAUCGGUCUGAAUAUAUUCCGGUGGGGGAAAAUAUACUAAUGAACAUAUU